UUACGGUAAGAGAGAGCCGAGGCGAGAGACCGUAUUUACAGUAAGGGGGGCGGGCCGGGCUCUCAGAAGCCCGGACGGUCAGAGGUUCGCGUUGUCAGGUGAUCUCCAGCCCAUACGGCCACCGCCCCCUGCACCAGCGGGAAACGCAGAAUGGCUCUCGGAGGCGUUGAGAGGCGGGGGACCCACCGCACCCCCGUCCCACAGCCUGCGGACCGCAGCGUCGCGCCGGGUCCCUCCCGCCCUUUGCUGGGGACCCUCGACUGAGCCCCGGCCCUGGGCCGCGCGCCCCACGCCCCGCGCCCACAUGGGUCUGUGCUACAGCCUCCGCCCGCUGCUCUUCGCGGACUCGGAGCCGAUUGCCGAGGGCGCGCGGUACCGCCUGGACCCAGACCCGAACACGGACAAGGACUCGGUCCGGACCCCAGGGCAAAAGGAGAGGCGGCAGCGCGCAGACCAGCAGCGCGCGGAGGAGCGCGAGGCCAAGCGGGUUAGUAGGAACAUCGACCGCCGCCUCCGCGAGCAGAAGCGCGACCUGCGUCGGACGCACCGGCUGCUGCUGCUCGGGGCUGGUGAGUCUGGGAAAAGCACUAUCGUCAAACAAAUGAGGAUCCUGCACGUCAAUGGAUUUAAUCCUGAGGAAAAGAAACAGAAAAUCCUGGACAUCCGGAAAAAUGUCAAGGAUGCUAUUGUGACAAUUGUUUCGGCGAUGAGCACUAUAAUUCCUCCAGUUCCACUGGCCAACCCAGAAAACCAGUUCCGAUCAGACUAUAUCAAGAGCAUAGCCCCCAUCACUGACUUUGAAUAUUCCCAGGAAUUCUUUGAUCACGUGAAGAAGCUGUGGGACGACGAGGGGGUGAAGGCCUGCUUUGAGAGGUCCAACGAGUACCAGCUCAUUGACUGCGCCCAGUACUUCCUGGAGAGAAUUGACAGCGUCAGCCUGGUGGACUACACGCCCACGGACCAGGACCUGCUCAGAUGCAGAGUUCUGACCUCAGGGAUUUUUGAGACACGAUUCCAAGUGGACAAAGUCAACUUCCACAUGUUUGAUGUCGGAGGCCAGAGGGACGAGAGGAGGAAAUGGAUCCAGUGCUUCAACGACGUCACCGCCAUCAUCUAUGUGGCCGCCUGCAGCAGCUACAACAUGGUGAUCCGGGAGGACAACAACACCAACAGGCUGCGGGAGUCCCUGGACCUCUUCGAAAGCAUUUGGAACAACAGGUGGUUACGAACCAUCUCCAUCAUCUUGUUCCUGAACAAGCAGGAUAUGCUGGCGGAAAAGGUCUUGGCAGGGAAAUCAAAGAUUGAAGACUAUUUCCCGGAGUAUGCAAAUUACACUGUUCCGGAAGACGCAACACCAGAUGCAGGAGAGGAUCCCAAAGUCACGAGAGCCAAAUUCUUCAUCCGGGACCUGUUCUUGAGGAUCAGCACGGCCACGGGCGACGGCAAGCACUACUGCUACCCGCACUUCACCUGCGCGGUGGACACGGAGAACAUCCGCCGCGUCUUCAACGACUGCAGGGACAUCAUCCAGCGCAUGCACCUCAAGCAGUACGAGCUCCUGUGAGGCCCGCCCGCUCCCCCCGCCGCGGCAGGAAGCAGUGAGUCCCAUCCCAGCCGCGUGGCCGGCCGCCUCUGUCCCCUCGGGUUUGGGCUGCAUCUCUGACUCCCGCCUCCCACCCUGUCUGUGGCCACAGACCACCCGUCCUCCCUCGGAUGACCCUGGAGCGGGGCCCCUCUGACUCCUGAGCACAGGGCAGAUAGGGACACACUCACGUCUGAUGUGGGGGCAUGUGGGUGACACGAGAGGCUGCGGGCAAACAGGUGGCCACCUUUCUGAGCCGGCUGGCCCCCGACUCUGAGUCGACCCCAAGCCCCAGAGGGGACAGAACCCCGUCCAGCCCUAGUUGCAGGGCGGCCAGCCUCAGGCCCUUGAACCCAGCCCCCCUGACCUCCCACAUUUAGGCAGAAGCCCACAUGCGCCCCCAAGUACACCCCGUCUCAUGACUCCCUGGACCUGCUCUGCUCGGGCAGCAGCCUCCACCACAGGUUCUUUUUGUUGUUGUUUUACGGCUGGUUUAUUAUACUGUACAGACCACAAGAUGUACUAUUAUUUUGUAUAACUACUCAAGAGAAACCCUGUAGAUCUUUGUGCCUUGCCUCUGGCUGUCCCUGUAAAAAGAAUGUCCUGUGCUGACCACCUGACCGCCGUUACCUGCCGCCAGCUCGAGGAGGAAUGAUGGUGUGGGGCAGGGUUUGGGCUAUUUUAUCAGGUUGGUACUUUUUACAAAACUCCUUGAUAACUAUAUAUACACACACAUUUAUAUAAACGUAAAUUAUACACAUUAAGCAUCCACACCUCACAAAAUGCCAUACCCACAUCCCAAGCUUCUUUCAGGAUGUUUUUUCUGUCCAGACAACAUAUUUCUCAAUUAUUUUGCUAUUCAAAGACUUUUACAAGGUCACCCUUUCCCUCAGUCAAAGUUUUCGAACCACUUACUUGAUAACAGGUCCCAUUGUAAACAAACAGCAAGAAAAACACAAGGGUUUGAAAAGGCUUGUGUCUGGCCUUGGAGAAUCAAAGAAUAGAAUCCUAUUCACCUUUUGAAGAAGAAACAAUACAAAACCUUUAUUUGAAAUACGAAGUCAGAAUUACAUGGCUGUUUGUCAAACUUGAAAGAUUUGCAAAUGCAGCCUCACCCAUCAGGCUCUGCUCCAGCGUGAGACCUUAGAAAGCUGUUCACAUUCUGUCCCAGCCUUGAGGGUGGUUUUCUCAGGUCAGAGAAGAUCUGUUAAGAUGUCCAACGUUGUAUUUCAACGCAAAUGCAGAGCAGGGCAGCCCAGCCUGCGUUAUUACUUCAUUAAUCUAGUCUUUUAGUCUUUCAUAUUUUAAAGUUUGUAAGUCAGCCCUUCUAAUACUGAUUAAUCAACUCGUCCACAUUUACAGACUACUCUCCCAUCAAAUACAGGAUGACGUCACAGACCAUGCAUCAUCACAUUCUUAAUAUCAUUAGCACCCAAUUCCUAUUCCUCUCAUCCUUGACUAUUUCAUAAAACACUCAAUUGAACUGAGUGAGACAUACAAAGUGGAAAUGAUUUUGAGUUUCCACUGCAUUUUCAAGUAAAACACGACAUGAAGAAAAUCCAAAGAGAUACAGCCCCACAUACACACACACACACAAAAAUGAAGUUGGAUAUUGUUAUAUCCAGUUCUCCUGUGACUAAAAUUCCUAGUUAAUGAAGAGCCAGACGCUUAGAAACAAACACAAAAAGAGUAAAUUUUAUCUGGCUU